CCAAAACAAGACUGCUCUCUGUUUUCUGACUCUCUAGUCCUUUAUCUAACAAACCUAUUUGUGAAUUAAAGCAGAAUUCACGGUCAUUCCAUUUUAGAAUAUCCUCAAAGACUUGUAAACCACUGAUGUGGUCUUUCCUCUUCCCAAGAACUGGCCAGAUUUUGCUGGAGAUAAAGGCUGUUUAAGCGAAUCAUCUGUGUAGUAGUAAAUAUGCUUUCCACUUUUGGCUCUCCUAGCAACUGAAAGGUAAUUGGCUGAGCUCUGAGUUGGUAACCCAAAUAUUUAAAAACACGAGUGGUUAAAGUUUAAUCCACUGUCACGCUGGUGAUGUGGCAGUAGAAGCUGUGUGUCAGGAUUCAUUCUUCUCCUGGAGAACGAGGUGGCAGGAACGCUCGCGUGGUUCGGUCUCGUACGGAACACGGGAUGAGUAAAGCAGACCUCGUUAGGGGUUGAAAGUAGGAUCUUCCACCAUGAAUGGAUACCCCAACUGCUCUGCCAACCACACCAAAAUUUGGAGUCAUGAUUUAGUGCUUGUGCUGGGCAUCCCCCAGCUGACCAUUAACAUAGCGUCCGUGAUCUUCAACUGCACGGUCAUCUUCACCAGGAUGGCCACAAAGGAUCUGCACAAGCCCAUCUCUGUGCUCUUCUGCAAUCUGGCUUUUUCUGAUCUCUUCACCAGCUUUUCCGGCUUUUGGAUUUCGAUGCUGUUCAUCACCAAUCCUGACAUCACCAUCUUUGGAUCCAAGGAUAUGCUCGCACCUUAUGCCUUCUAUACGGUGUCGAUUUUAUCCACCAUCUAUAACUUGGUGAGCAUUGGAAUUGAACGUUACCUGGCCGUGGCUGAAAGCAUGAGGACGAGAUUCAGGGUUACCAGAAACCACUCCAUAGCUGCGGUUUUAAUUAACUGGGUCCUUGCUUUCUUUUUGGGCUGCUUGCCCUUGAUGGGGUGGAACUGCUUGCAGAUGGAAAAAAACCUCUCUGUCCUCUACAGUCCGUUCUGCGUUGACUACCUCAUCUUCAUCACCAUUCCCAAUGUUGUGGUGGCUUUUAUUAUACCUCUGUUCACCUACCUUAGAAUCAUUAUCAUUUUGAGGAAAAGAAAGCUGAGAAUGAAAGCGUGUGGACAAGCCACCGGCACCUACAAAUCAGCCGAAAUCCAGGUUGCCAGAACCAGUAUUUUUAUCUGGCUCCUGGCGUUGAUCUCCUACGCCCCUUUUUUCGCAGGGGUCAUAUUCGAUGCAACCAACCACCAGUGCCACGUUGAUCUCUACCCGGGCGUCUACAUCUUCCGAAACUGCACGGCGAUCCUCAUCACCAUCAACUGCUUGGGGAACCCCAUCAUCUACACCCUGAAAGCCAAAACCUUGGGGGCGAAGCUCAAGGCUCUCAAAUGCCUCUCCACCAACCGCAUUCGAGCCUGCACCAUUGAGAACGUCUAGCGGGGGACUGCCCUUGCCCCAGGACUGUCCUCAUCCCUGGAGACUGUCCUUGCUCCUGGAGACUGUUCUUACCCCUGGAGACUGUCCUUGCCCCAGGACUGUCCUUGCUCCUGGAGAUUGUCCUUGCUCCUGGAGACUGUUCUUGCCCCUGGAGAUUGUCCUUGCCCCUGGAGACUGUCCUUGCCC